GGCGGGGAGAAGGCGGUGGUCCGCCAUUUCGUGGACGCCAGGUCAGCGAGAGCAUCUGCGGGAGUCUCGCGUGUGGGGAGCGGGACGACCCUGCCGAGGGUGUGUGGUUUUGAGCCUCCGCGUUUUUAACACAAGAUCUCGAAAUGCAUCGUGAUUCCUGUCCAUUGGACUGUAAAGUUUAUGUAGGUAAUCUUGGAAACAAUGGUAACAAGACUGAAUUGGAACGAGCUUUUGGCUAUUACGGACCACUCCGAAGUGUUUGGGUUGCUAGAAACCCUCCUGGCUUUGCUUUUGUUGAAUUUGAAGAUCCUCGAGAUGCAGCGGAUGCUGUCCGAGAGCUAGAUGGGAGAACACUGUGUGGCUGCCGAGUAAGGGUGGAACUGUCCAAUGGUGAAAAGAGAAGUCGAAAUCGUGGACCACCUCCCUCUUGGGGUCGUCGCCCUCGAGAUGAUUAUCGGAGAAGGAGUCCUCCACCCCGCCGCAGAUCUCCAAGACGGAGAAGCUUCUCUCGCAGCCGGAGCAGGUCCCUUUCUAGAGAUAGGAGAAGAGAGAGAUCGCUGUCUCGGGAAAGAAAUCACAAGCCAUCCCGUUCUUUCUCUAGGUCUCGUAGCCGAUCUAGGUCAAAUGAAAGGAAAUAGAAGACCUGUUUGCAAGAGGAGUGGUGUACAGGAAAUAACUUCAUUUGACAGGAGUAUGUACAGAAAAUUCAAGUUUUGUUUGAGACUUCAUAAGCUUGGUGCAUUUUUAAGAUGUUUUAGCUGUUCACAUUUGUUUGUCUCUUGGAACAGUGACACAUAAAGAUGUAAUUCUCUAUGGUUUAAAAUGGAUCAUAUGAGGCAUGUAAUACCAAGAAUUGUUACUUUACAAUGUUCCCUUAAGCAAAAUUGAAUUUGCUUUGAAUUUUAGUCAUACAUAGACAUAAUAAACCUCUAUAAUAAACUUCUAGCUCCUCCAGCUAAAGUGUGAUUAAUACUAUGGAAACAAAACUGGCAAAAAUUGUAACGACUUUGCAUAGCUGGGAUAUGGUAUGCAGCUAUAGUUGAACAAGCAGUCUAAAAGCUGCUAUGAAUAAAAGCCAGCAGGUAAAAAUUAAAGCUGCACCAUUAAGCUAGAUUAGAGGUUUUAAAAUCUCACUAGUCUUCACACUGGACAAGAGGUUGUCCAGUUGGUGUAGAAUCUUAAGUUUCAAGAAAGUUAGUUUACCUUUGCUUUAGGUCAUAAGUUCUUUUUGUGAUUGCUGUAUAUGAAUACAUAGCUUUUUGUAACAUUCUUUAUUGGGAAAUUUGAGACUAUCCAAGAUACCAGUGUCCUGCCAGUUUAAGGGUACAUUGUAGAGCUGAACUUCUGAGUUACUGUGCAAGAUUUUUUUUCAUGCUGUCAUUUGUAAUGUUUUGUGAGAAUCCUUGGGAUUAAAGUUUUGGUUACAAUUGUUGUUUAA